AUGGGUGAUAAACCAGCGGGCGAGUUUAGUGCAGAGCUGCGCGCUGAUACCGGCCUCACCCCCAGGUCCUCGGAGCUGCGGCUCGUCCUGCUGGGACAGACCGGAGUGGGGAAGAGUGCCACAGGGAACACCAUCCUGGGAGCAGAGGAGUUCCCGUCUCGCACCAGUGCCUCCGGCACGACGCGGCACUGCCAGAGCGGAUCGGUGAAGAUCAAGGGGAGGCGCAUCACUGUGGUGGACAUGCCUGGACUGCUGGACACUCGGCUCUCCCCGGAGGAGACUCUGUUCCUCAGGGACCGCUGCCUCUCCCUGAGUGAUCCCGGCCCCCACGCGCUCCUCCUGGUGGUGAAGGUGGGGCCGUUCUCAGACAAGGACAGGAGGGCGGCAGACAGGGUCCGGGAGCUGUUUGGAGAGGAGGCUCUGAGGUUCACCGUGGUUCUGUUCACCCGGGGAGACGACCUGGAGCAGCAGAGCCUGGAGGAGUUUGUCCGGGGGAACAGAGACCUCCAGCUGCUGGUCCAGCAGUGCGGGGGCAGGUGUCACCUCUUCAACAACAAGAGCAGGAGUGACCGCGCCCAGGUCAGAGAGCUGCUGAAUCUCAUGGACAGCCUGGUGAGAGAGAAUGGCAGCUACAGCAUGCCUGAGACUUGCUGUAUGAAGAAUGAGCGAGAUACAGGAAGUGGAGAAGGAAAGGGAAGCUGUGCUGGAGAACAAAAUUCCUCUUCAUCACCUUCAGAACUGGAAGAAGAUGAAGACCCAACAGCUGGCACAGCUGGGAGACACCCAGCAGGAGAGGCAGAGAGUUUCUCUGUCCCAGCAGCAGAGCGAGGAAGAGAAGCGCCACCUACAGGAGCAGCUGGAAGAGCCCAGUCAGCAACAGAAUCAAUACAGGGGGCCAGCACAGGGGGCGCUGUAGAGCUGACAUCACAAACACAGGGGAAAGAAAAAUCCAAGAAAACAAGAGAUAUGAAAGCCAAUAUAAAAAAAUCCUUGGAAAACUUGUCUGACACACAUGAGAUGGUUAAUCCCAGUUUGAGGAUUGUCCUGUUCGGAAGGAGUGGAGCAGGGAAGAUGUUCUCAGGAAACACCAUCCUGGGACGAGAGGAGCUCAGACCAGUUGCCCCAGUGUGUGAUAGGAGACUGGGAGACGUGUCUGGGCAGCUGGUUUCUGUGGUGGAGCUGCCAGCCUUGUUUAACACGGGGCUUUCAGAGGAGGAAGUGAGACGUGAGACUCACCGCUGUGUCUCUCUGAGUGACCCUGGUGUCCACGCCUUCCUCCUGGUCAUUCCUGCAGGGCCUCUCACAGACGAGGACAAGGGAGAACUAGAUCUGUUCCUGGACAUUUUCAGCAAGAGAGUCACUGACUAUAUCAUUGUACUGUUCACCUCACUGAAGAAAAAACGUAAAGAUCAGUUUCUCAAGAAGAACACAGACAGCCAGCAGCUGGUGCAGAGGUGUGGGGGCAGGUACCUGGUGUUCAGCACCAGGAAGAGGGGAGCCCAGGUGUCACAGCUCCUGCAGAAGAUAGACAGCAUGGUGAAGGAGAACAGGCCUGACUGCUACACUGCUGACAUGUACCUGCAGGCUCAACUGGACAGGAGAGACAGGAGACUCCAGCAGGACCUGGAAGAGAAGGACAGGAGGAUCAGGGAGCUGGAGGAAAAGAUUAAGAAUAUUUCACCAGGCAGUGCAGGUAAAGAGGAAGACCAAGAGUGUGUGAGGAUGGUUCUGAUUGGGAAGACAGGCUCUGGAAAGAGUGCCUCAGGGAACACCAUCCUGGGAGAGAAAAGGUUUGCAUCCACAGUCAGCUCCGGAUCAGUGACCAGCAUAUGUCAGAAGGGAAGAGGAAAAGUCGCUGGGAGACCUGUGACUGUGGUCGACACUCCUGGGCUGUUUGACACAACACUGUCAACAGUGGAGAUUCAAGAGGAAAUAGCCAAGUGUAUCUCCCUGUCAGCCCCAGGACCCCAUGUGUUCAUCCUGGUGAUACAGGUGGGCAGGUUCACCAGAGAGGAGAGAGACACAGUGGAGCUGAUCAAACAGACUUUCGGUGAAAAAGCUAAAGACUACACUCUCAUCCUCUUCACUCGGGGAGAUGAGCUUAAAGACAAGACCAUUGACAGGUAUAUUCAGAUGGGAACCCCUGAACUCCAGAGACUUGUUCGGGCUUGUGGGGACAGGUACCACGUCUUCAACAACAAUGACACAGGCAACUGCACCCAGGUGACAGAGCUGCUGGAGAAGAUCGACAGCCUGGUGAGAGAGAACGGAGGAGGAUUCUACACCAGCCAGAUGUUCCAGGAGGCAGAAGCUGCCAUCAGACAAGAGCAGGAGAGGAUCCUGAGGGAGAGAGAGGAGGAGAUUCAGAGACAGGAGGAGGAGAUGAGGAACAGGUUCAUGAAGGAAGCAGAAGAGCUGAGGAGAAGAUUAGAGGAAGAAGCUCAGAGACAAGAGGAAGAGAGAAAGAGGAAGGAGGAGGAGCUGAGACUCAGAGAGGAAAGACAGGAAGAGAGAGAAAGAGAGGAGAAGAGAAAGAGAGAGGAGGAGGAGAGCAGAAGGAGAGAAGUGGAGGUCAAGGAAAAGAGGGAGUGGGCAGAGAGAAUGGAACAAGUUCAGGAAGAGAACAGGAAACAGCAGCAGAGAUGGGAGGAGGAAAUGAAGAAAGCUCAGGCAAGGAGAGAAGAGGAAGACAGACAGAGAAGAGCUGAGGAGGACAGGGCCCUGAGGGAGAGAGAGGAGAAAGUGAGAGAGGCUGAAACAAGGAAGAUGAAAGAGUUGGAAGAGAGGAUGAGGAAGCAGCAGCAGGAAUGGGAGAGGGAGAAGCAGGAGUCCCAGAGGAAGAGAGAGAAGGAGGAACAAGACAGGAAGGAGCAGGAGGAAAGAGAGAGGAGACACUGGGAGGAAAAACUCAGAGAGGCUGAAGAAAAUCACAACAAAACCCUGGAGCAGAAGAUGAGAAAACAGCAGGAGGACUGGAGGAGGAAGAGAGAGAAGGGGCAGAGGAGGAGAGAGGAGAAUGAGAGAAAGAGGAGAGAGACGGAGGAGAAGGAGGGGAGGAAGAGGGAGGACAGACACAGAACAGAAGUGGCAGAUCUGAAGAGGACAAUGGAGGAAGAGAGACAGAAGAGAGAAAGGGAAGAGCGGGUGAGGAGAGAGGAGAUGGAGAGAGAGAGGAGAGAGAGAGAGGAGAAGGAGAGGAGUGAGUGGGAGAAGAAACUGGCUGAAGCAGAGCAAAAGAAGAAGAAGACUGAAGAGGACCUGAUGAGACAGCAGAAGCAGUGGGAGCAGCAGAGGGAGAAGGAGAAGAGGAGGAGAGCAGAGGAGGACAGACAGAGGGUAGAGAGAGAGCAGGAAGAGAGGAGGAGGCUGAGGGAGGAGAUAGGCCAGCAGAGGAGGGAGGCUGAGAGGGAGAAGGAAGAGCUGGAGAGACAGAUGAAGCAGCAGGUGGCACAGAAGGAAAAGGAAUAUGAAGUAAGAUGUGCAGAGAUCAAGAAGGCGUAUGAGGAAAGAGCUAGAAAAAGUGCUGAAGAAUUUAAUACAUUUAUAGAGCAAGAAAAAAGAAGAAGAGAAGAAGCUGAAGAGAGAGCCAAGAAAGCUGAAGAGAGAGCCAAGAAAGCUGAAGCUAAGAAAUGUGUAAUACAGUGAAAACCACACCAUUCACCACUAGCAAAGUGUCAUUAUGUCAUAACUGUUAAUAAUCGAUGAACAAGAGGUGUCUUUACUGCUUAGAAGGGAUCUGUUACACUUGCUGGCCCUGAUGAGCAGAAGCAGUGGAUCCUAUGGGGACGAAGAGAUAACUAGGAAGCCAAAGAAUCACAAAAUCUGAACUCUAGGUCUAGGGUCAAUCAGGUCAGAAUCGGGAAGAGAGACAAGACAUAUAUGAAUCCAUGUGUAAUCCAGGAAUUCCAGGUCAGAAGACAAUCCAAAAGUACAUAAGAUAAAAGAGUAACAACCGGAGAGCCAGAGACGAAAUCUACAAGUCUAGGUCAGUAGAGGAACUAUUGUCCAGAAACCAUGAAUUCACACACCGAGGAAGGUACACGCAAAGUGGGCAAUGGGGUUGAGGAAGAAUCUUAGCAUUUGCCAUUUUAUUGAGUAUAUAAUAUAGUGACUGUUUGCCUUAGCUCAUAUGCUUUUUGCUUAGCAACAGUCUAAAAGGAUAAUUCAAGCAUUUUAUUUGACCUUUUGACAUUAAUAUUACAACCGCAACGUGUCUAGCUCAUUUUCACACCUUCUGUUUGCUUACUUCUGUUUUUGUCUGUAUGCAAGGUAGAACUGCUUCUUAAGAAGAACGUGGUCAAUUACAAAGAGAGAAACAACAUCUCCUAGUAUGGAACCUUAGAGUGAGCUUUCCUGUGUGAAUCUGCUGUAUAAAACGUCUUGUAUUUACCAUCUCGGGGAGAUAGACUUUUACAGACCUGUAUGAGAGUCUGCUCUCAGGUCUGCAUGGUCUUGUCCUCCCCAUGCGCAUGAAUAAAGGACUCGGCUUGACCACA